AUGCAUAAUCCAAAAAAUUUUUAUACCAAAGAACUUGAUACUGCAGUUUUUGUAAAGAUAGUGAAGAUCAAGAUGGUGAAAAGAGGAGAAGGAUUAGUUGUUACAACUAUCGUCACUUUAAUGAUUCUAUGUUCAACACAACUCCUUCCAUUAAAAGAAUCUACAGCGUUAGAUGGAUGA